CGGGCCGUGGUUGGAGGGCGCAGAGGCGGCCGGACGGCGCUGCCCCGGGGCCGCCUGCCGUUCCGCGCGGCGCGUCCCCAAGGCGGCGGUGCCGGCCCCGUCCCCGUCCGUGCCCUGCCGUCUCCUGCCCUCCGCCGGGGCUGACCGGGGGAACAUGAACCCCGCGGCCCCGCCGCCGGGGCAGCAGGUGAUCCAUGUCACGCAGGACCUGGACACGGAGCUCGAGGCGCUGUUCAACGCGGUCAUGAACCCCCGGCCUAGCUCCUGGCGGAAGAAAAUCCUGCCCGAGUCCUUCUUCAAGGAGCCCGACUCGGGCUCGCACUCCCGGCAGUCCAGCACGGACUCGGGCGCUCCCCCGCCGCGGCCCGUCGCGGCGCAGCACGUCCGCUCGCACUCUUCCCCCGCGUCGCUCGUGGGCUCGGCCGCCGCGCCUCAGCACGGGCACCUCCGGCAGCGCUCCUACGACGUGACGGACGAGCUGCCGCUGCCGCCCGGCUGGGAGAUGGCGCUCACGCACACGGGACAGCGCUACUUCCUCAAUCAUAUAGAAAAAAUUACAACAUGGCAAGAUCCUCGAAAAGCUAUGAACCAACCACUGAAUCACAUGAGCCACCAUCCUGCAGCUACUUCCACACCAGUACCACAGAGGUCCAUGGCAAUGUCUCAGCCAAAUCUUGUUAUGAAUCACCAGCACCAAAUAACAGGCAACACAUCCAUCUCACAGCAAAGCUGUCCUUCCCAGACUCCACAGCCAGGCCUAUUGAACAUGCCCAAUGCACUGACGGCGCAGCAGCAGCAGCAGCAGAAACUGAGGCUCCAGCGAAUCCAAAUGGAGAGGGAACGAAUAAGGAUGCGCCAGGAGGAGUUAAUGCGACAGGAAGCUGCAUUGUGCAGGCAGCUCCCCAUGGACUCUGACAACAUGACCGCAGUUCAGACAGCUGUGAGCACAGCUGCCAUGACCCAAGAUAUGAGAUCUAUUACAAACAAUGGAUCUGAUCCUUUCUUGAACAGUGGGCCAUACCAUUCCAGGGAACAGAGUACAGACAGUGGCUUGGGAUUAGGAUGCUACAGUAUACCAACAACACCUGAAGAUUUCCUCAGCAACGUAGACGAGAUGGAUACAGGAGAAACUGACACACAGACAACUGUGAACAUAAAUGCACAACAAACACGUUUCCCUGAUUUCCUCGACUGUCUUCCAGGAACAAACGUUGAUCUUGGGACUUUGGAGUCAGAAGACUUGAUCCCUAUUCUCAAUGAUGUGGAGUCAGUACUCAGCAAAAAUGAGCCCUUCCUUACAUGGCUGUAAUCACCCAUUAUCUAACGCUGAUUCAGCGUGAAAUGCAAUUCAGCAUUUAUGUUCCCUCUUUAGACUGAGGUAGAAUAUCUGAAAAUCCUGAGAGAUCACUGCCUUAAUGACUUGUUAUGUCCUCUUUAUGGUUAGUUUAAUCUCUGCCUGGAUUUGACUGACACUAACUUAAAUAUAAACUACAUAUAUAUAUAUAUAUAUAUAAAUAUAUAUUUCUUCCUCUUUUAGAAAAUAUACACUACACAUUUUCCUUUUCAGAUCAGGCAGAAGUGUUUCACUUUAAGGACAGAAACUGAAUGAUGUUUGUGUAUGCCUGUGGCUGAUCUUCUAGGUAUUGAUUAACAUCACAAACCCUUAAUGAAUCACAAAGGCUAACUACAAGGUCACUUGGUUCACAGAACCUGCACAGCAUCGGACCAUGCAAGCAGUUUUAUUACUGCAUUUAUGACAAUAGUAUCAGAGGCUUUUUUAUCAACUUACUUAAGCUUGAAAAAUCUUUUUUUAUUAUUAGGAAAACUGUACUGUAUGGAAUAUAGAUUAAAUCUGAUCCAGAUCAGCCAUGAUAAUUUUCAUAUAUUUGUAAAGGCACGAGAAGUACUGUUGCCAUUUCCUUUCUUUUUUUUUCCCCCACUAUAUUACUGUAUAGUUUACAGAUAUUAACUAUGCUUAAUUUUUGAAAGUACCAGUAUUGCUUAGCAACAAUUUCACACUGCUGCAGUGUUGUAAGACAAUCCAACUGGUACUAACUGCUGCCUUUUUAAAAUAAAACAAUGUAUUACAAACCAGCAAUUUUUAGUAGAUCUUAGAUUUUGAUGUUUAUUACAAUAAGCAUUACAGUUUUGUAAUUUAGCACAUGAACAAACAAUUCUUCCUAUAUAAUAACAUGUGGCAAUUAAAUGCAAAGAUGUGCUGUUGAGGUCAGGACAGAAAAACGUGUUACAACUUGGUAAUGUCAUAUGUAGUAUGAAAAAAAAUGUAGUACUGUUUUUAGUAAUAUUUUGACUGACAAUGUCAAACUGUACAUGUAGUUCUAUACAUGGGAAAAAAAAGGAUGUUGUCUUCAUCAGGGCAAAGCUAAGCAGUGUUGUUACUGGUCUGGUAAGGCUGCACUAUUCUUAAGUCUGUCACUUACUGUAAUCAGUGUAUAGAACACAAAGCAUGAUGUUCUUUGCACUUCUACAUGUUGUAGAAGUGGACAAAUCUACAAAUGCUUUUUUUUCAGAGGUUUGGGACUGAAUAGGCAUCAAGGAUGUUAAGCAUACUCUUCCCCUGAAAUGCAAAUGAAGUCCUAAAAUUCUUAAAUAUUUUGAAAUUAUAUUAUUUAUGAUCUAUGAAUUUAAGCCUUUAAUAUUGAAAAAUAUGUAUUUUUAUGAAAGGCACUAAAACUUUUCUCUGAGCUUAGUCCAGGUAUGCGGAGAGAGGAAGAGGUGGCACUCAGUGUAAACGGCUGUUGUUCACAUUAAUGAUACUUGGUAAGAUCUUACCAGUGCGCUGUAAUAUUGAUCACUGAAGGAUUUUUCCAUCUGGUUGCACGAAUGUAGGUGUAAAGGUCAGAGAUUAAGUUACGGGAACAUGAGAAGGUUUGGCAGUCACAUGAUUAUGUGACAAAAUUUGAUCUUUAGUGAGAAGGGUCACUGCAGACUGGGAUAUACAGAAGGUGAGUCACUGGUGGUCAGCAGAAGUCGUGGUAGAAGAACUGGCCUGUGACACACAGCUGGUGUGCAGUGUAUAAAAGAGGGAAACCGAAAUGCACACACCAAAAGUUGGAACAGGAGAGGGAAGGCAAAGACCUACAGUCAUGAAGUUGCAUUACAGAGAGAAAAGCAGCUCUUUUUGCAUUUCCUUUUUAAUAUUAAGUGAGAUGUGACAGUAGAAUGGUGUCUGCACAGAGUAUAAUUACUGAAUUGUCACUACGAUUCUUUUAUUUUUGGGGAGGGUGGAGAGGGGCAUUUUCUGUUUAUGUGUUUCUUUUUGGUUUUGCUUUGUUUUCUAUGUUAGCUAGCAGAGUCCAGGUAAGAGAAAUUUCUUUCCAACGAACAAGGGACCGGGCAGGGCUGAGCAGUGUUACUGUAAAUAUGAAUAACCUCUCUUUUAAGGGAUCUCUUCAGGGUGUCAGCCUGGAUGACAAAUUGAUGUCCUCAGGCUUUGUUCUUCAGUGACACACCUGACUGCAUGGUAUAGAAAUGGGAGAUUUUUGGCACCUGGCUGCAGUGCUGACUUGUAGGCCACUCUCCAGUGCUGUUAUGGCCUGGCAGGCUGCAGGCCAUCAGUGCUGGAAUAAUUCACAGUGGCUGCAGAGCCGCGUUCUCGUGGGAUUCCCGGCGUACGGCACAUCGUUAGGUCACGUCUGGAGAAAACAGUUUGUCCACCUGCCGGUACCAGUGUCAGUUUGGGGCACAAUGCAUCACAUUCCAAGCAGGUCAGGAGUUCGGCUGAUGCAGAGUGGGCAGCCGGUGCCGUUUGGCUGCACUGGUUUCCAUCAGCUGGAGGCAACAGCUCUUGCAUUGAGAACUGAUACUGUUUUCUGGUGCAGUAUGAUGUUACACAGAAUUAGAGCUAAAGAGCAGCUUGCUCCAUCAGCCGUGUUUCGGGUGGUUAUGUGUCAAGGUUCAAAGGAGUUUAAAAGGCAAAAAAUCUGAAACUACAUCUCCAUAUUAAUCCCUAUUGAUAAAAUCACAGUUGGAACAGGGAGGUGCUAUUACCUGAAACAGUGCUGUCAGCGCAAAGCAGUGACCAAAAUCUUAGGUCAGAUCUCCACUCGGUUGUGAACCAAAUCAUAGUUGAGGUAGAAGCGAUGGUUUACACUGUCAGCUCUUCUUCAUAGUGAUGGAGAUCACAGCUGGUGAUAUGGGAGGACUGCCAGGACAUGGGGGUGGGCUGGGUUUGCCUGCUUGAAAAUGAAUGUUUUGUAGUGGGAGGAGAGGAUUUAAAUGUCUGUUUUAAGCAGAAGAAUAGGGAUGUUCAGGUAAACUUGUUUUCUAAUACACUGCAUCCCUGUACGUGCUAACUUUAACUUUUUUAUUCACUUCAUUUUAUUAAAUGACGUGUGAGCUUUUGUUUUUAAUGUAGAUUGUGUUGCAGCAGCCUGUGUGUAUCAGCAGCACCCAGAUCACGGUGUGUAUCAGGAGCACACAAUCACUGUGUGUAUGAGGAGCACACAGACCAGUCUGCUGUACGAGGCUUCCAUUCUGUGCUUUUUAAGAUGUUUUUUCUCUGAUCUCGUACAUGAGAAUGAACUGGAACAUUUUGGAUGCAUAUUUGUUGUUCUUUUGUUUAUUUUUUAUCCCCCUUUGGAGGGUUUUGCUCUUUGCUUCCCAGGGAACCACGUUUGGAAUAAAGGUAAAGAUCUGUUCUGUGGGGAAGGCGUUCACUUUUAAUCCAGCGAUUGGCUCCUAGCAAAAUAAAAGCGUUUUACGUU